GCAUGCGCAGGAGGCCCUCCGCCCAGCUGUUUGCACUUAGUCCUCCUCCCUCUGCUCCUUCUGGCUGAGGCCGAAGAAAGAAAGGCAGCGCCUCAGUCUCGCCUUCGGCAGCGUUUAACGGUCCGGAAAGGAGAGCCCUCCCUCAGCCGCCCGUGAAAUUAUUGGAAAAUGUCUCUGUAUCCUUCUCUGGAAGAUUUGAAGGUAGACAAAGUAAUUCAGGCCCAGACAUCUUUUGCUUCAAACCCAGCUAAUCCAGCAAUUCUACCUGAAGCCUCAGCACCUGUCCUUCAAGAUGGAAGCUUAUAUCCCAGAUUGUAUCCCGAACUUUCCCAGUAUAUGGGGUUAAGCCUGAAUGAAGAAGAGAUACAGAGAAAUAUGACAGUUGUUCCUGCUGCAAAUUCUCAACAGAUCAUUGCAAGGCCUUCAGCAGUGAAUUAUAUGGUGGCUCCUGUAACUGGAAAUGAUGUUGGAAUUCGUCGAGCAGAAAUCAAACAAGGAAUCCGUGAAGUAAUCUUAUGUAAAGAUCAAGAUGGAAAAAUCGGUCUUCGUCUUAAAUCAGUGGACAAUGGUAUAUUUGUCCAGUUGGUUCAAGCAAAUUCACCAGCAUCACUGUCUGGCCUGCGUUUUGGGGACCAGAUUUUGCAAAUCAAUGGUGACAACUGUGCAGGGUGGAGUUCUGAGAAGGCCCAUAAAGUUUUGAAGCAGGUUCCUGGAGAGAGAAUUUCAAUGAUUAUCCGUGACAGACCUUUUGGGCGAACUAUUACCAUGCACAAAGACAGCUCAGGACAUGUUGGCUUUAUUUUCAAAAAUGGAAAAAUAACAUCAAUAGUAAAAGACAGCUCUGCUGCUAGAAAUGGACUUCUGACUGAACACAGCAUCUGUGAAAUUAAUGGACAAAAUGUAAUUGGCCUCAAGGAUUCCCAAAUUGCAGACAUCUUGUCAACAGCUGGAAAUGUAGUGACCAUCACUAUCAUGCCUUCUCAGAUCUUUGAACAUAUGAUAAAGAGGAUGGCUUCAGGCAUUAUAAAAAGCCUGAUGGAUCACAGUAUCCCUGAAGUUUAAGGUUGAUUUUGGCUGCAUAUCAUGAAAAAACACUGCUGAUCAUUUUAACUCUGCAACAUUUGUUCUGCACAUGAGCCUUUCUUUAAAGCCAAGAUGAAAGAUGCUACAUUGAGCAUUUGCAUUAUGUUAUGGCUGGGAAUGUCCAAUUCAUAUUACGUUGUUCAGAUUGCCUUUUGCAGCCUUAUGUUAGUUUGAUAAAACAAACUAUGUUUUUUCAUAAGGUUACGCUGUAUAGUUCAACACUUUCUAUAAGCCAUUGGCAUAGAUAAUUAAUGUAUCUUGCAAGUGUUAGUAUCUGCUAUCUUUGAUCAAAGUAUACAGCUGCUGCUUGUAUUUUUUUUGAUACAAUUUAGUUUUUCUACUACCGUUUUGUCUGCAGUGAUAUUUACAAUUAUGUGUAGUGCUAGCUAACUUGUUCUAGUAAUCUUGUUUACAAAAGCAUGCCAGUUACACUGAGCAUAGCUUGUAUUUAUCAUUCCAUAGACUUUUUAAAUAGUAAAUUGUACAGAUGAGCAUUUACUUGUCUAAUCACUUCUUUAUAAAAUGAUUCUAAUUUGCUUAAAGUCUGUUGCCUUAACCAUCUUAAAUGAGAAAUAAAAAAAUAAACUUUUUACAACUGUA